GCCUACGUUUGCUUAUUGGCCAAAACACUUAGCACGUUGGAGCUCCUUGAACUAGAAGGUUGGGACUCGCAACUCCAUUCAUUGGUCAACGGCGAUCAAGGACGGACGGUCCAGAGCCAAAUCGCGAGCCUGCCAUGUCGGAUUCGAUCUCGGGAGUUGCUGCUGAUAUGGUUUGCAAUGGCGAUGCUCAAUCGGUUCCAAUUGGGGUAGACUACGCUGAAAUUGUUGUCGUGCGUCACGGGGAAACGGACUGGAAUGCUGAUGGAAGAUUUCACGGCACUUUGGAUGUCGAAUUGAGCGAAAUUGGGAGGCGGCAAGCAAUUGCAGUGGGUGACAGACUGUCCAAAGAAGGGAAAAUUUCUACAAUUUACUCAUCUGACCUAAAACGAGCAUUUGAGACGGCUAAUCUGAUUGCAACUUUUUGUGGUGGACUGGAGGUUAUUAAGGAUCCAAGUCUACGGGAAAGAAAUCUGGGGGUGCUUCAAGGCCUACAGCCCCAUGCUGCAGCUAGCGUCUAUCCUGAAGCCUAUAAAGCCUUUCAAUCACCAAAAACGGAUCAAGAAAUUCCGGGUGGUGGUGAAAGUAUUGAUCAGGUUUAUCAGCGUUGCACUAUGUGUUUGCGAAGCAUCAGUAUGAAGCACAAAGGAGAGCGAGUAGUAGUGGUCACUCAUGGUGGUGUAAUCCGGAUGCUUCAUGAGCGGGCUUGUCCAAAUAAACAGUCUGUGAUUUUCCUGAAUACUUCUGUCCACAUUUUCCACUUGUUUAAUGGGGACAAUUGGGUCGCAAAGUCCUGGGGUGAUGUUAGUCAUCUCAGCCAAAUAGAAUAUCCAAGAACAGGGUUUGGUGGGGAUAAAACUUCUGGUUAGAUCAAGUAUCCUAGAAAUGCUGUCCCAGUAGCCCUACCAGUAAUAAGUUGUGAGACUUACUGAGAAGGAUGAUUUACUCAUUAUUGUCUUAAGGAUAAUUUCAUUAUUGGUCCUUACGUUAUGUGAUUUGUACAAUUGAAGUCCUCGAAUCCUCAAUUUGCAUUAUUGGAUCCUUUA